UAGUCUUGAGUCUUGUGUAAUUGUUCAAGUCAGGAAAGAAUUAUUUUCCUGCAGUCGAAGUAAACUUUUGGUUUCGUGGGUACGUUGGACAUUGUCUGGUUGUUUAUGGCAAAAUCACAUUAGGGGUCUGGUUAGCCUCGUAUUUAACCUCGUAUCCACUCAUCAAGAUGCCCAACUUUGAUAGUGGCCAUGAUGGCAAGGAAGAAGAAGAGAAUGAAGCUGACGAUAAUGAAAAAGACUCAAUUGAGCCAACGAGUUCUUCAGAUGAAGAUGAAUUGUCCAUGGAUGAAGAAGACUCAGAAAGGAGACGAGGGGAGUGUGCGGACGAUAUCAAUCACUUGGAAAAACAAUUUCAAGAGCUGAGAGAACAAUUGUACAGGGAGCGUCUUCAGGACAUCGAGAAUCAGCGCCAUGAAGUUGACAGUGAAAUUUCUUCUCUCUUUAUUGGGCGGCUGGCAGAUUUGGAUGCCUCGAAAAGCCAGAGAAUGGAAAUUGCAGAUACGCUUCGUUCUUUCAAGAAAACAGGCCUUCAAAAUCGGUGCGAGUGUGAGCUGCAGCAGUCAAGACAACAUCUGGAGAGCGAAAGACAGGCGCUUCUUGAUAAUAUGCGCUCUGACCUCGAAGAAAAGCUUCAACGUGCUGAGGAAGAUUGCCAACACUUAGAGUUGUCGAAUGAUGUGUGGAAUGACCAGCGCCAGCCGAAACGACAACGAAGAGGCGAAGGCUUGCCGGAGAAGAGACGGAAAGUGACAGUGACUGGACCGGUAAUCAUCUAUAUGUUACCCGAAAUGGACAUUAUCGAGGACUGGGCAACGAUACGGCGGGCAAUGUUAAUGAAUCGACAGAAGGCAAGCAGCUCGUCGGCACCUCGACCUGCACACCGUAGCAACACUGCGCCUGCGAAUCGUGGCAAAACCCCGUCAGCAGUGGAUGCAUCGCCAGCCAAUGGGCACUACGAAGAUGGAAAGCUAUUCUUCCAAGAUAGCUGGUACCUCCGUGGCUCCAAGGUCAUCGUCAAAGAGCAUGCGAAGGACAGUCAAACGUGCGCCACGAUAACAUCUAUAUUGCCAACCGAGGUCUCCUUGCAGUAUGGCGAUGGUUCACGGUCAAAGCUUGGUAUUUCACAGCUGCAGCGAGGGAAAAUCUCCUUGGCAUUUCAAGAAUGAAAAUUCUAUUUAGGCUGGAUAUAGCUGGAGCGCUCUUGGGACACGGUGAUGCUGGAUGCUUAAUUGACUCCGAUUUAAUACUCUAUCUAUAAAAUACAUUGCUUGCAUUUGAAGAAAAGCCCAUGCUGGCCUUCGGCAUCUACGGUGACCAUACUACACGCUGACAUUUAGACAUUUGACUAUGAGAUUAGCGGCGGUACUGCCCUUAGUGUUUUGCUUGUGCCAUGUUUGAUCAUGAUAUUAUGUCAGGUUAUGCCUCUUCCCGCCUUGUCUCAUAUGCAAGUCGUACUUCUGAAACUUCAGCUGCUGCAACCUAACCAUGAAACACACUAAUCUACCCCCCCCUUUUUUCUUUUUCUUUUUACAAAACUUCCAUUUGUACAAGUUAGACGUUAUAUUUGAACAUAACUACAAGUAGUUGUCUUGAGUUGUUGCUCAUGUCACAGAGUAACUUUUAGUUUGUGCCGCCUAGGUAAUGUAUGCUAUCGCUAGCUGUGCUAGCUCUCUUGGUCGCGCCCAAGCUGGAUUUUCUGCUCAGUCUGCACUCUCUGCAGCUGCUGCUAUCUUCUCACCUGUGUGUAUGCAUGUUUCAGAUUUGCUUCGCUUUCCUUCUUCUUUUUGUUCCUGUUAGAACUCAAUAUUUGGUGUUGUUACUCUGCCGCCUUGUCAUUGUCUCUGCGCAGCGGGUCAUUAUUCUCGCAGCAAGUGCGCUUUGCCUCGCUUCUCUCUUUCGCUUCCCUCCGCUCUCUAUCUCUGGAUCAAUUUUGUUUACCCAAACUGCAGGUAAGCCUGGUGACAGUGGCUACACUGCUUACCAGCUUCCAUGUAGAUUUACGGUGCUCAUCUUGUCACGGGUGUGUUCAAUUGGCACUCGUGGACUGGUGAAUGCUGGCAAACCGUUUUUAAUGGCCGUGUGACCUGUUCUUGAUUCAUGGA